UUUUUUUUUUAUUGUUUGUUUAUCCUUUUUCCAUCCGGUGAUAGUCCUUGUAGGCAACCGUUACAUAGUCCCUCUAAUUUUUGAUAUCCAACGUUGUCCACCAGAGAAAGAUGUCACCCCUCACUGCUGAAAAAGUCGCUGACUACCUUCCUCUAGCUGGCAAGAUGCCUCAUAUUUCUGGCAAAAUCAUCAAUGUCACCCAUCAAAUUCCUUUCCAUAUUUCCAGAUCUUCUGCCACUAUGGUAACGGACACUCCUCCUACUACUGAAAAUGCUACAUCACAUCAGUUGAACGGCCCUACCGGUACCGAUGAAGUGGCAGCUGCACCCGUUUCAAAGCUCGCCCGUCACCAUAACCGUGCUCGAACCUUGCGUGCCAAAUUUCGCGCUGCUGAAUGGCUUAUUGUCGAGGACAGAGGCCAUGGUGCUCUCAACUCUGGUUUACAAAGUUUGAAGGAUGAAUAUCAAACCCUGCAUAUCGGUUGGACCGGUCCUAUCAAAGAUGAGCGUACCAAGAAGACUAUCCCUUCAGAAACCUUGACCGAAGAUGAUAAGGCUAAAAUUCAAAACCUGCUGAUGAAAACAGGUAGUAAUUUCGUUCCCAUCUUUUUAGACAGUACAUCUCGUGGUCAUUACGAAGGCUACUGUAAAGAAGUGCUUUGGCCUCUCUUCCAUUAUUUGGUUUGGAGAGACGAUACAGAUGGUAGAUCCAACAAGCAAUACUGGAAGGACUAUGUUGCUGUGAAUCGUCAAUUUGCUGAAAUCAUCGCUAGUAACUAUCGUCCAGGAGAUGUCAUUUUCUUGAACGAUUAUCAUUUAUUACUUGUUCCCGAAAUGUUGAGAGAAAUCAUCCCAGAUGCGCCUAUCGGUCUCUUCCUUCAUGCUACCUUUCCAAGCUCUGAAAUCUUCCGUUGCUUAACGACCCGCAAAGAAAUUCUUCAAGGUUCUUUGGGCGCUAACUUGAUCGGUUUCCAGACCUAUUCUUAUGCUAGACAUUUCAUCGGCUCAUGUACUCGAGUCCUGGGUUGCGAAUCAACGCAAACCGGUGUCAACGUGAAUGGUCAUAUUGUCUCUGUGGGUACCUUCCCUAUCGGUAUCGAUGCGAAUCGUGUCGACAAGUUCCGUCGUGAACCCGGUGUUGCGCCUAAAAUGAAAGCUAUUCGUGAUAUGUACGCUAAUAAGAAGAUCAUCAUUGGUCGUGACAAGUUAGACUCGACAAAGGGUGUUCUUCAAAAGUUGCAAGCAUUUGAAAAGUUCUUGGACGAUUAUCCUGAAUGGCGCAAGGAAGUUGUCUUGAUCCAAGUGACGACACCCACGCACGGCGACAACUCAAAACUGGAGGCUAAAGUGUCCGAGCUUGUCAGCCACAUCAAUUCGAAAUACGGUUCCCUGGAAUUCUCUCCUGUACAUCACUAUUAUCAAGAUGUGGAUCGUGACGAAUACUAUGCUUUAUUGUCCGUUGCUGAUGUCGGUUUGAUCACUAGCUUGAGAGACGGUAUGAACACAACCUCUUUGGAAUACAUCAUUUGCCAACAAGAGACACAUGGACCUCUCAUCCUGUCUGAAUUCACCGGCACGGCAGGUGCUUUGAGUGCUGCUCUCAUUGUCAAUCCAUUUGAUAACGCCGGUGUCGCUAGAGCUAUUCAUGAGGCCUUGACCAUGAGCCCUGAAGACAAGUUGACCCGCCAUACACAACUUUUCUCUUACGUCACCGAGCAUUCUGCCGCGUUCUGGGCCAAGUCCUUCGUGAAGCAAUUGGUUGAAAGUACCAAGAACUUCUCCCUUCAAUCACAGGCCACACCUGCAUUGAACCGCGACCAAUUCUUCACACAUUACAACGCUUCGAAAAAGCGUCUCAUGUUCUUUGAUUAUGACGGUACCUUGACACCCAUUGUUUCUGUUCCCACAGAUGCCAAGCCUUCGCCCGACAUGCUACAGUAUCUUCAAGCAUUGUGUGAUGAUCCUCGUAACGAGGUGUGGGUCGUCUCGGGCCGCGACCAAGCCUGUCUGGAAGAAUGGCUUGGCCAUGUCAAGAAUCUAGGUCUCAGUGCUGAACACGGCUGUUUCUUCAAGGCCGCUGGAUCAGAUCAGUGGACAAACAUGUUGGAAGACAUUGAUAUGAGUUGGAAGAAGGACGUCACAGAGAUUUUCGACUAUUAUACAGAACGUACAGAAGGUAGUUUUGUUGAGCAUAAAAAGUCAUCCAUCACUUGGCAUUAUCGUAUGGCAGACGAAGAAUAUGGUGAGUUCCAAGCCAAGGAAUGUCAGAACCAUCUGGAAAGCUCUGUCGUUUCAAAAAUGCCUGUUGAAAUCCUUGUUGGUAAGAAGAAUCUGGAAGUUCGACCUAUGAUGAUCAAUAAAGGUGAAAUCGUGAAACGUAUCCUGUCUCAGUCACAACAACACCCUGACUUGAUCAUUUGUGCUGGAGACGACAAGACCGAUGAAGACAUGUUCCGUACAUUGUCUGUCGUUUACUUUGCUCACUACCAAGAUAUGAUCAACGAAGGUUCUACUGUGAAUUGGAACGAUACCAAGUCAGCACUUUACACCUUGACUGUUGGGCCUGCUAUGAAGAAGAGUAUGGCGAAUUGGCAAGUGGAAGCUCCCGCUGAUAUCAUUCAACUUCUGGGAAAGAUGGCAGAAUCUGAUAAACAAUAAAAAGUGAAGGCAUUCACAAGCCAAGCCCUGGUGGCCAACAAAUAAAGUAAACGAAUUCAACAAAUUAUUAACCAUUACUACCCCCGUCUCCACUAUUACCACCAUCACCCAUUGUAGAAAUUGUACACACACAUAUACGUAAAUAUAUGUAUAUCACACUAUUCAACAUAAUAAUAAUAAAACAAUUUAAUAAAGAUUCCAACUUUCAGCA